AUGGCGCCCAAAAUAUUCAUCACAGGAACCACAGGCUACACUGGAGGUGAUGCCCUCUACACACUCUACAAUGCCCACCCAGAUUGGGAAUUCACAGCUCUCGUCCGCAACUCUGAUCGAGGUGCUCCUGUCGCCGCCGCCUUCCCAAAAGUUCAUUUAGUCUAUGGUACUUUGGAAGAUGCAUCUAUUAUUGAAGAGGAAGCUGCAAAGGCAGAUAUAGUUUUACACACAGCCGACUCCUCCGACCACGAAGUAGCCGCAAAAGCCAUCGCCACUGGCCUGGCAAAAGGUCACUCCCCCUCAAACCCAGGCUACUGGCUCCAUCUCUCCGGCACCGGCAUCCUCUGCUGGAAAGACAUGGAAACGCAAACCUACGGCGAAGCCCCCUCCCAGCCCCCCUACAACGAUCUUGAAGGCGUCUCUCAACUCACCAGUCUCCCGGACUCCGCCUUCCACCGGGACAUCGACAAGCUCGUGCUCUCCGCGGGCUCCCCCUCGGUGAAAACCGCCAUCGUCUGUCCCCCCACCAUCUACGGCCCCGGCCGCGGCCCCGGCAACCAGCGCAGCAGACAAGUCUACAACCUCGUCCGCAUCACCCUCCAAAAGGGCCGGGCCCCCCAACUCGGCAAGGGUCUCACCGAGUGGGAUAACGUGCACGUGCACGAUCUCAGCAAUCUCUUCCUCCUGCUCGCCGAGCGCGCAGUCCCCGACUCCCAAUCUUCCGAAGACGUGGAACUCUGGAACGAGAAAGGGUACUUCCUCGCCGAAAACGGACACCACGUCUGGGGCGAAAUCUCCCAACAAGUCGGCGAGGUCGCAUUUGCCAAAGGACUCAUCAAGACGAAAGAAGUCGCCGCGAUGGAUGUGGAUGAAGCAAAGGAGUUGGCAGGAUUCGAAGCGGUUUCCUGGGGAUUGAAUUCCAAGGGUUUCGCCAAGAGAGCGCGGAAGUAUCUCGGCUGGAAUCCUACCGGGAGAAGCUUGAAAGAGGAGAUUCCGUUUAUUGUGGAGCAGGAGGCUCAGAGAGAGGGGUUGGUGAAGGGCCAUAAGGAGGUUGCGGCUGGGAAGGCGUGAGGGUGAAAUGUAGUAAAUAAGUAACUAGGUAAACAAGUAGAAAUAAUAAUCUAUCACAUGUAUUAAACCCAAUAUCGUAUUCA